UUUUCAAUGAUCUUGUGUGAUGCUUAUUUAAUACAAUUUUCUUCAUUCACAUGCUAAUCUGGUAUUCUUAGCCUCAGCUGACAAUUAGCAGCUAGCUGACAAACUUAUAGCUGUUCAACUCUAAAGGGUUUAUCUAUACAUGACAACAAAAUAUCAUGGACCUCAUCUUUUUAACUUUUUAGCUUCUGGUUUUCUCAACUGUUCUAAGGGUUUAAGCUGUUGUUGAAGCCAAGAAAGUAGCAGCCUUGAACCAGCAAAUUUGCUCCCUGUGUGAGGCAAUGGCUCCUUGCCUAUCUUUCUUCUUUUUAUUCCUCUUUGCUUUUUCUGCAAUACCAGCCAAUUCUUUGCCAACAUUUUUCCCUGGAGCUGCCUAUCAGUCUUUGAUCAAACAAGCCAAAAUUUCAAAACCAAAGCUUCCAUUCAAGACUCACUACUUCCCUCAAACUUUGGACCACUUCACUUUCCAGCCCAAGAGCUCCAAAUUGUUCUACCAAAAGUAUCUAAUCAACAGUGAUUACUGGCGAAAAGGUGCUCCUAUAUUUGUCUAUACUGGCAAUGAAGGAAACAUCGAGUGGUUUGCUGCUAAUACAGGGUUCAUGCUUGACAUUGCUCCCAAGUUCAAAGCCCUCCUUGUCUUCAUUGAACAUAGAUUUUAUGGGAAGUCGAUGCCAUUUGGGAAAGACUCGUACCAGUCAGCAAAGACCUUGGGGUACUUGAAUUCUCAACAAGCCUUAGCUGAUUUUGCAGUUCUCAUAACCAGCUUGAAGCAGAAUCUAUCAUCUGAAGCUUCCCCUGUUGUGGUCUUCGGUGGGUCUUAUGGAGGAAUGCUGGCAGCAUGGUUUAGACUUAAAUACCCACAUAUAGCAAUUGGUGCAUUGGCUUCUUCAGCCCCUAUAUUACAGUUUGAUAAGCUAAUCCCAUGGUCAAGCUUCUAUGAUGCUGUUUCCCAGGAUUUCAAGGAUGUAAGCUUGAAUUGCUAUCAAGUGAUAAAGGGGAGCUGGGCAGAACUAGAGGCAAUGUCAACUCAGAAACAAGCCUUGGCUGAACUAAGCAAAACUUUCAGAACCUGCAAGAGCCUUCAUUCGACAGCUUCUGCUCGAGACUGGUUAUGGACUGCUUUUGUUUAUACAUCCAUGGUCAAUUAUCCAACUAAAGCAGAUUUCAUGAAGCCAUUACCUGCUUAUCCUGUGCAGAAGAUGUGCAAGAUAAUCGAUAAGAUUCCAUCAGGGGCGACGAAGCUUAGUCGCGCUUUCGCAGCGGCAAGCUUGUAUUACAACUAUUCUCGUUCAGAAAAUUGCUUUAAGAUAGAACAUGAAGUUGAUGGUCAUGGCCUUCAUGGUUGGGAUUGGCAGACAUGUACAGAGAUGGUUAUGCCGAUGACUUGUUCUAAGGAGAGCAUGUUUCCUCCAUCUGGAUUCGACUACGAAGAGUUUGCCGAACAAUGCCAAAUGAAAUACGGGGUUUCACCACGACCGCACUGGAUCACAACUGAAUUUGGUGGUGAAAGAAUUCAGAAAGUAUUGAAGAGAUUCGGCAGCAAUAUCAUAUUUUCCAAUGGAAUGCAGGAUCCAUGGAGCAGAGGAGGCGUGUUGAAAAACAUAUCAUCUAGUAUCAUUUCUCUUGUCACAGAAAAAGGAGCUCACCAUGUUGAUUUCCGGUCAGCAACAAAAAAGGAUCCAAAGUGGCUUAUUCAACUGAGGAAACAAGAAGUUGAGAUCAUCCAAAAGUGGUUAAAUGAGUACUAUGCAGAUCUUUGACAUGAAUAAGUUUUUAAGGUUGAGAUUUAGGAUCAAUCAAUGGUUGCUGCAAGCAUGCAUGCAUCAUCUAAUUUGCAGAAAUGCUCAGGCUGAAGCCAUUUAUAUGACCAAGCUAAGUUCCCAUGAAAUGAUGGAAAGACUAGCAAAACCAUUUACUUGAGUUAGGUUAAUUAGAUGAAGCAAUCCUGGUUUUAAAAUUUCCAUGUUGGUUUCAGAUUUUGAUUAAAUUUGAGCUGUUUUAGUAUGGGAUUGGUUUUA